GGCAAGCUAGUGCAACCAAAUUGCAGAUGCUCUUAGCCGAUGACACCUCUUAUUAUAAGUUUUACAAACUAAAAUUUUUGGGUUUGAAUUGUUAAAAGAAUUAUACUGUCAGGAUGCAGAUUUUCAACCUAUUUGAUGCAAAUUCCAAACUAGACCAUAAUUCUUUCAUAUAAAGGAAGGGUAUCGAUUUUUUUAUCAAACGCCUGUGCAUUCCUCAAUGCUCUACUCGAUUGGCCUUGAUCAUUGAAUGCCAUGAGGAAGGACUAGCUGGUCACUUCGGUAUUGAAAAAAAAAAUUAUUGGCCUGUACCUCAAAUGAGAUGUCAGAAGAUAUGUUAAAAGUUUCUUUAUUAGGCUAUAGCUUUACAUGUAGCUUGCUUGUAGUAUUCGUCCUGUAUUUUGACAUAUAGCGUUGUCUAUAUACAUAGUUAAAUAAUACAAAGAUGGGUGUCGUUCAGGGUCCUUAAAUUCUCUGUUUUGACAGUAUUUCGUGACUUAUCUAUUUUCGAGAGUAGUUUCCUGUAUCCUAAAUUGAAUUCAGGUGGUGGUCUCGUUCAGCACCCUUCCGUGAAGAGAUGGGUGCGUUGUCCUUCGCGCAUGUUUUCUUCCAGGUGAAAUCAGGCUCGGGUAAGUCGUCCCAAGGUAGCGAGCGAUUAUUCUGUGCGGACAUCGGAUGGGAGAACCAUUCAUAUUUUUGGGCCAACGUGGCGCAUUUUUAUUGGUCUCCGGAUGAAUUUGGAUCCGCACGUAAUAAUUUUUCCAAGGUAGCACAGGACGAUUGUUUCUUUGUGAAAUUGUCUCAGGUGGUUCGUCAUAGGCAGCAGGACGAUCUUUGUCUGUGAGGCCGGGAUCAAAUGUAUUGCGCCCGGCUAAACAAUCACUCCAUGCAAGUGUCUCUAAUAACCCCCGUCAAACUUUAUCGAGCUAAAACAGUUGCAAAAUAUCUAUCAAUCAAGAGAUCUCUAAGUUCAAUGUUUACGUAUAUCAUGUGUGUAUAAAUUUCUCUAAAUUGAUCUAAAUGUAAAAAAAAAAAAAACUCUAUUCAGACUGGUUAGUUGGCUUUCCAAUUGAUGUAUGCUACUCAAACGCGGAUGACAGAAAUCAACUGGUUAUGCUUAAUUGUGAUAUCAUGCUAAUUGCUUUUAGGGACUAAUAGUGAUUGCCAAAAUCUUUCGGUCCAGUCAAUGUUUCUGGCCUUUGGCAAAUUUGGGUAAAGUUUCAGUGUUUCACGCAACAAGUUUUUUCAAAAGAAAAUUUUGAAAAGACAGAAUCUAAUAAAAUCUACACGCACCGCGUUCGAUGCCGUAGCCGCGGGUCCGCGAUUCGUACUUCUUCGGCCGUGGCAUGCGUUCAACGUACUAAUCUCACUGAUUUAACAAAUUGCCCAUAUGAACAUUCAUACAGUCAAGCAUUUCAGCUUCUAUAGCUCCUCUCCACAGAGUCGAGUUCUAACCAUUCCAUUUCCGAAGCCAUGGCGCUUCCUUACUCUUUCCUCCUCUCCUUGCAAAUACUACUCUUUCUCGUCACCGGAACUCGGUCCGAGGACAUCAUUUUCACCUCCUGUGGCAAUACCAACUAUAACGCAGGAAGCGCAUACGAAUCCAACCUCCGCAGCCUCAUCACCAAACUGACAGAGUAUACCUGGAAUUCUUCUUUGUACUCCACCACCACCAUCGGAAGCUCACCAGAUGCCCAGGUAUUCGGCCUUGCCCAGUGCCGCCCUGAUGUGUCCGCGGCCACCUGUAUCGACUGCCUCAACAGCUCAGCUACAGCUGCGGUAGGAGCCAAGGGCUGCCCUCAAAGCAAAUCUGCAGCUUUCCGCGCGGAUCACUGUGUGCUCCGCUACUCUGACCAACGCUUCUUUUCCAUUCCUGAGACAUCAAAGAUUUUACCUUUGGCUAACAUAGAGAACGCCUCGAAUCCGGUGGUCUUCAAACAGACAGUGAAUGCUCUGAUGGGUAAGAUAUCACCAGAAGCUUCCACGGCUGAGUCAAGGUUUGGAGAAGGAAAUGCUAACUACUCUGAGCUUAAAGACAUCUAUGGAAUGGCUUGGUGCACCCAAGACCUAUCAAGCAGUGAUUGUCAACAAUGCCUUGACGGGAUGGCGGGGAUGCUUCCCGUUGACAAGGUUGGUGGCCAGGUUAUGACGGUGAGCUGCAUAACGAGAUUUGAAACCUAUUCAUUUUUGUCAGUACUUCCGCCGCCAUCUACAGCAGAGGUACCUCCCCGGCCUUCACCGGCUGCUGUUGAGGGUGGCAACAGUGGUAACGGUAAGGACGGCCAAAGCAAGGGGAAUAACACCAACACUACAAAAAAGAUCCUGAUCAUUGUCCUUCCAGUUUCUGUUGUCUUCACGUUGCUGUCUGUUUUCUUGAUCCUACAAUCUACAAAGAGGAGAGCUCCGAAAAGACUACGAACCAGCCAUUUUGUAGAGAAGGAGAAUAUCAGAAGUACCGAAUCUCUGUUAUUUGAUAUGGAUACAAUUAGAAAAGCCACAAAUGAUUUCUCUGAAGAAAAUAAGCUUGGAGAAGGUGGAUUUGGGCCAGUUUAUAAGGGUUUACUAGAAGAUGGACAACAUAUAGCAGUAAAACGACUAUCAAGAACUUCUACACAAGGAUUUGUCGAAAUGAAAAAUGAGGUUGCUUUGGUUGCCAAGCUUCAGCACAAGAACCUUGUGAGAUUGCUUGGUUGUUGCUUGGAGGAGAACGAAAAGAUUCUUGUCUAUGAAUAUCUUCCUAAGACGAGCCUUGACAAAUACUUAUUUGAUUCUACGGAGCGACCACAAUUCGAUUGGGGAACCAGAUACAAGAUUAUAGAAGGUAUUGGUAGGGGGCUCCUUUAUCUUCAUGAGGAUUCACGUCUCAAGAUCAUUCAUCGAGAUUUGAAAGCAAGCAACAUAUUGCUUGACAACAGCAUGAGGCCUAAAAUAUCAGAUUUUGGCCUUGCGAGGCUUUUCCACAUUGAUCAAACACAACAAAACACAAAUCGAAUUGCCGGUACAUUUGGAUACAUGGCACCAGAAUAUGCGAUGACUGGUCUCUUCUCUACUAAAUCAGAUGUGUUUAGCUAUGGGGUGCUGAUUCUAGAGAUCAUCACCGGCAGAAGGAAUGGCAUUUUCGCAGACAUAGGGCAUCAUUUAGACCUCCUAGGCUAUGUUUGGAAGUAUUGGAAUGAGGGGACGGCAACGGCAUUGCAAGUGGUUGAUCAAUGUCUUGGGCAUGAAUUUCAACCUCAAGAAGUACUCCGAUGUUUGCAAAUUGGACUACUUUGCGUGCAGGAGGAUUCAUUGCUGCGGCCGAGCAUGAAUUCAGUGAUGGUGAUGAUUAGUUCUCACUCGACCACAAUUCCAAUUCCAUCGACGCCUCCAUUCUACAUGACAGGCAGAGAUUCUGACUCGUCUGUGCAAAAAAGUGAGCAAAAUGUUUAUGAGAAAGAAAAUCUGAGAGCAGUGUCUGCAAAUUCCGUUACAAUUACUGAUUUGGAAGCUCGAUAGGGUGUUCAAUAUCCGUCGAAGUCUGUAGUGCUCCACUUCCAUGCAGGAAGAAGCAAAAGAUGAAGUUCAGGAUCUUUUUAAUAUUGUCAUUCAAUAUUAAGUUCAUCAACUCUAGUGUACUAAUGACAGCUCGUGUACUAAUGACACAAUUGUUUUUUAUGAAUUUUGGCAUUCAAUUUGCAAUAAAUAAUAAGCACGGGUUAUUUAAUAAAAAGUAA